UAAAAAAAAAAGUGCUAAACAUAUUUAUUUGUUUAUAUGUAAAAAAUAACAAAAAGCUGCCAAGAAAAAAUAAGCAAAAUUAAACAAAAUUAUUAAAAAUUCAAAUAAAAAUAAAAAAAUAUUUUCAAUAAAAACCUCUUUCUUAACUGUGCUAGUAGUGUCAUCACUAUUUUUACUACAAAAAAAAAAAAAAACAUUAAAAAAAUAUUAUUGAAAUUCGAAUAAAAAAAAAACCUAAACUUAUUUACUAUUUUAUAGUUGUUUUGACAUAAAUUACAACUAGUUUUUUUUUAUAAGUUUUUCUGCUUUAAGUUAGUUUUUUUAGUUAAUUUUGUUGUUUUGUUCGUUUGUUGUCUUUUGGCAUCUGAACUUCUUCUGCUUUGUUUGCUGUAAUAAAACAGUAUAACUAACAACAACAAUAAAUAACUAAAAAUCUACAACAACAUCAACUAAAUAUCAACUUCCAUUUCUUUGUAAAAAAAAACCAACAACAUCAAUCAACAUGCGACUGGAUACAAAUUCAAAUGAAGAUUUCAAAGCGUUAGGUUCAGCGUUUUGUAAAAUUAAACCUGAAAAUUUAUCCACCUGGGGUGGUUCUGCCAAACAAGAUACAAGACUGCCAAUAACUGAUUAUUCAACUUUAGGAGGUCCCCGUCAUAAUUGCAGUCCCUUUCCCAUAUCCCGUGAUGUCAAUAAUCGUUUUAUAUUAUGGGAUGGCGAUAUAACCACAUUGGAAGUAGAUGCCAUCACCAAUACAACCGAUGAGACUUUAACUGAAAGCAAUAUUAUAUCGGAACGUAUUUUAAAUGUAGCUGGUAAUCAAUUAAAAGAUGAUUUAACACAUAAUAUAAGAGAAUGCCGCACUGGUGAAGUACGCGUUACCAAGGGCUACAAUUUACCCGCUAGUUAUAUUUUACAUACAGUGGGUCCAUCGUAUAAAGAAAAAUUUAAAACUGCAGCUGAGAAUACUUUACAUUGUUGUUAUAGAAACGUUUUAUGUAAAGCCAAAGAACUGAAUUUAAAAACUAUAGCUGUUUGCAAUAUUAGUACCAAUCAAAAGACAUUUCCAGCUGAUCUAGCCGCUCAUAUUGCAUUAAGAACUGUACGCCGUUAUUUGGAUAAAUUUACAUCGCAAAUCGUGAUAUUUUGUGUUAGUCCCCAUGAACGGGGUAUUUAUGAGGUAUUGGCACCUCUUUAUUUUCCACGUGAUAAUCUAGAAGAACGUAGUGCUUUAUGGCAAUUGCCUAAAGAUAUUGGCGGUGAAUAUGGUGAACCACAACAUCCCGAUCGUCAAAUACGCAUAAUACGCAAUCCUCAGCAUAGCGUUUUAAUGCGUCAUCAUGGUAUGUAAUAGUUUAAAGUGUAU